AUGGCUGUUUCACCACUUCCUCCUCAGUCUCCCGCAGCGGCGGCGUCAUCUGCCCAUGCAGAGGCGAAACUGAGAAAUGUUGCGGCUCAGGCCUCGCUCAACAACUCCCGCGGGAGUAUCCCUUCCCCGCAGCCCGCGCAGGAUUCAGAUCGUGAACUCACAGAGCAAUUGAACGAUGAAGUGCGGAACAAAUAUAUCAAAGAUAAGAAGCUCGGAGAGGGUACAUACGCCGUCGUAUACCUGGGACGUCUCCGGGCCGAUCCAUCUUCCCAUGUCGCUAUAAAGAAAAUCAAGGUCAACGCCGAUUUCAAGGACGGGCUGUCGAUGGACGCCAUCCGCGAAGUCAAGUAUCUCCAGGAACUCGCCCACCCGAACAUCAUUGCGCUGCACGAUGUCUUUUCUUCGAAAGAUCAAAAUCUCAAUCUGGUGCUCGAAUAUCUGCCGCUCGGGGAUCUGGAAAUGCUUAUCAAAGAUGGAAACAUCCACUACGGUGUUGCGGACGUCAAGGCUUGGAUGGGCAUGCUCGCGCGCGGGGUCUGGUUCUGCCACGAGAACUUCAUCCUGCACCGCGAUAUCAAACCGAACAACUUGCUGAUCGCCUCCGACGGUGAAGUCAAACUGGCCGAUUUCGGUCUGGCGCGGUCCUUCUCCGACCCGUACCUGCGAAUGACCCAUCAAGUGAUCACGCGUUGGUACCGGCCUCCGGAACUGCUGUACGGGGCUCGGUUCUACUCUGGCGCCGUCGACGUCUGGUCGAUGGGCAUGGUGUUUGCGGAGCUGCUCCUCCGCGUGCCCUUCGUUGCGGGAAACACAGAUCUGGACCAGAUCUCGAAGAUCUGCGAGGCGUUCGGCACGCCGACGGAGGACAACUGGCCCGGUGUCACCAAAUUACCGAAUUAUCUACCCCCCGAUAGCAACCACGUCGUGCCGCUGCAGGGCCGUGAGUUCUUCCUGAGACAAUUUCCCACGGCUGGUCCUGUGGGCGCGGAUCUGCUCAUGUCGAUGUGUGCGUUGGACCCGAGGAAACGGAGCACCGCAUGCCAGAUCCUCCAACAUGGCUGGUGGUUGACGGAGCCGAAGCCCACGGACAAAGAAAACCUGCCGCGCAAAUCGGGUGGGACGAAGAAAAUGGGCGAUGAUCUCACGCGACGCGGUGGAGAGAUUGAUGAUACGACUUUUAAGAAUGCGGCGCGACAGCUAGAUUUCGGUGCGAUGCGAUAA